AUGGAUGGGGUGCAACUCCGCGAUGAGGCCGCUCAAGAUCGAGUGAGAGCUGCAAUCGAAUUUCUCGAUCCAAGCGAUGCCCGCGCGCGAAGCUACCGAGCCGAUAUUGUGCUGAUGCUGAACCGGGGACUGCGUCGCUUGACGGUCAGCAUCGAUGAGAUCAGAGCUCAUAACCGCGAAUUGGCAGAUGGCCUGCUUACCUCCCCGUUCGACUACUCUCAGGCUUUCGACAGGGCUUUGAAGGAGGUUAUCAAGACAUUGCCGGGCCGACCUUCAAGGGAAACAGCUGACGAUGUGAAUUACUACUGUGCCUAUGUUGGCGCUUUCGGAGAGUUUUCUUGUAACCCCAGAACUCUAGGAUCUUCUCACUUGAACCGAAUGAUCUCUCUCGAGGGUAUUGUCACAAAAUGCUCUCUGGUUCGCCCAAAAAUUAUCCAAAGUGUGCACUACAACGAGCGGAAAGACCGAUUCGUUGCGAGGCGGUAUAGAGAUCAAACGAUGACAACUACUGGAAUUACCAACAUGAAUGUCUAUCCCCAAGAAGAUGAUGAGAAGAAUCCGUUGAUCACAGAAUACGGGUACUCGACAUACCUGGAUCACCAGACCAUUUCCAUCCAAGAAAUGCCUGAGAGAGCACCUGCAGGCCAGCUUCCCCGGAGUGUCGACGUGAUCUUGGACGAUGAUCUGGUGGACCGCGCCAAACCAGGAGACCGGAUCCAGAUGGUGGGAAUUUACCGCUCCUUGGGAAACCGAAAUGCCGGCUCUGGAUCUUCGACUUUUCGCACGGUCGUUAUGGCCAACAAUAUUAUUCAACUGUCUUCAAAAUCUGGUGGAGGCAUUGCACAAGCUACUAUCACGGACACCGACAUUCGGAACAUUAACAAAGUCGCGAAAAAGAAGAACGUAUUUGAGUUGCUGUCCAACUCUCUUGCACCUAGCAUUUACGGACACGAUUAUAUCAAGAAAGCGAUCUUGCUGAUGCUCUUGGGUGGAAUGGAGAAGAAUCUCGAUAACGGCACGCAUUUGCGUGGUGACAUCAAUAUCCUCAUGGUUGGUGAUCCCUCGACCGCCAAAUCGCAACUCCUUCGUUUCGUAUUGAAUACAGCGCCUCUCGCAAUUGCAACCACUGGUCGAGGCUCCUCGGGAGUCGGUCUGACAGCCGCUGUCACCUCUGACAAGGAGACUGGGGAGCGUCGUUUGGAGGCCGGUGCGAUGGUCCUGGGUGACCGCGGUGUUGUCUGUAUUGAUGAAUUUGACAAGAUGAGCGAUGUGGAUCGAGUGGCUAUUCACGAAGUGAUGGAACAGCAGACGGUCACUAUUGCUAAAGCUGGCAUCCACACAAGCUUGAACGCUCGUUGCAGUGUUUUGGCAGCUGCUAAUCCUAUCUACGGACAAUAUGACCCUCACAAAGACCCUCACAAGAACAUCGCCCUUCCUGAUUCACUGCUCUCACGUUUCGAUUUACUUUUUGUUGUGACGGACGAUAUUGAAGAUGCCAGGGACAGAAUGGUUUCAGAGCACGUCUUGCGCAUGCACCGUUACCGUCAACCUGGAACCGAGGAGGGUGCCCCGGUUCGGGAAGAACUUAAUCAGACCUUGGGUGUUGGACUCGAGGAUAACCAGGACUCCAACCAGCCGACGGAGGUGUACGAGAAGUUCAAUGUUAUGCUCCAUGCUGGAAUGGCCAACUCGAGCCGCAAGGGUAAGGGCAUUGAAAUUCUGAGUAUUCCCUUCAUCAAGAAGUACAUUCAAUACUCCAAAUCGAGAAUCAAGCCAGUCCUCACUAAGGGCGCGGCCGACCAUAUCGUUGCGACGUACUCGGCUUUAAGAAAUGAUGAGCUCUCGGGCAACCAGCGUCGAACUUCCCCUAUCACCGCGCGUACGCUGGAGACGUUAAUUCGUUUGUCCACGGCGCAUGCGAAGGCUCGCUUAUCGAACCGAGUCGAGGAGCGAGAUGCCAAGGUUGCCGAAUCUAUUCUGCGCUUCGCUAUGUUCAAGGAGGUUCUUGAGGAUGAACGCCGCAAGAGGAGAAAGGUCACCACGUUCGACGAAGACUCUGAAUCGAGCGAGUCCGACUCCGAUGAUGACAAUACCCCUACGAAUGAAACCGCCACGCCUCGAUCGAGCCGGCGAAUUGGAACAAUGCAAACACGUUCAGCAGCUACGCGGCCCACCACAAACGGGGACGAGAUGGAUGCCGACGGAGACAUCGUGUCGGAAGACGGGGACGGUUUGUACUCUGCUAGCCCUCGAGGCCAGCGACUGCGGUCAAGCCAGACAAACCGUACGCAGACGCAGACAGACAGCCAAUCUCGGAUGUCUGUUGCUUCUUCGCAACCAGCGUCGCAGCUCAUUCAGUCUCAGACCGAUGAUUCACAAUCACAGAGUGCCCUGAGAUCUACUACUUCGUCGCAGCCUAUCCAACCUGCGCGCUUGACCGUUUUCCGUCAGGCUCUAGGUCCACUCAUGGGCACACGGCUGUUCACUCACGGCGACACCGCCGAUGUGGAGGAGCUUAUUGGAGCAGUUAAUACCUCUGUGCGGGAAUCGCCCUCGCUUGGAGCAAGCCAUGUCUUCCAGCGAGCAGAGGCAAUUGAGGCACUGAAAGCCAUGAACGAAAGAAAUGAGUUGAUGUUCCUCGAAGACGACGAGACUGUUUACAGGAUUUGA